AUGGCCGAGCAGCCAGCUGUGGAGAAUGCAGUAUUAUAUGGUAGGCGAGGUACAAUCAAAGGUCAACUGACAAGGUUUGUUACUUUUGUGUCUGCUGCAGCACAGAAAGGUGGGGAUAGGACUUCACUCAAAGUCCGCCGACAAAAAAUUGAAGAAGUAUGGAAUGAAUUUCAAAAGAUUCAGGCUGAAAUUGAAGAACUCAGAGAUCCAGAAAGCCCAGAAGAUCCAUACAGAAUUCAGUUUGAAGAAAUGUACUUUGAGGCAGUAUCAGAGUAUGAACGAAUANCGUGUCUGCAGCAGCACAGAAAGGCUGAAAUUGAAGAACUCAGAGAUCCAGAAAGCCCAGAAGAUCCAUACAGAAUUCAGUUUGAAGAAAUGUACUUUGAGGCAGUAUCAGAGUAUGAACAAAUAUUGGCUAGUGAUCAAGCAGAAAUAGAAGAAAUAAAUCACACGGUAGAUAUUCGAAACACAUCACAACCACCCAUAAUGACGUCAACACUAACAAACAGUUGUGUAUCUAAUCAACCAUCAAUUGUAAAAUUAGCGCCAUUAAGUGUACCUACAUUUAGCGGCAGCUAUAAAGAAUGGUCAACAUUCAAUGAUAUAUUUAAUGCGUUAAUUCACGAGAACGAAGCAUUAACUGAUGUACAAAGGUUUUUUUAUCUAAAAGCAGCUUUGUCGGGCGACGCAUUGAAAGUAAUACAAUGCUUCGAAACAUCGGCAAAAAAUUAUAAGAUAGCAUGGGAUAGUUUGAACAACAGGUUCAAUAAUAAACGGAUUUUGGUACAACAACAUACAAAAGCCAUUUAUGACAUAAAACCAGUUAUCGAGGAAUCAGCGGACAAUCUGCGAAUGUUUACUGACGAUUUAGUCGGCAACAUGAAAGCACUAGAAAAUUUAGGCCACGAUGCUAAUUUAUGGGGUCCUCUGAUGAUUCACGUCAUAUCAACAAAACUUGACACAAACACAUUGCGAGCGUGGGAAAAGCAAGCACCAAAAACUGAAGUCUCAGAAGUCAAAGACAUAAUUGAAUUUUUAAAUAAUCACUGUCAACUAUUAGAAGCGGUUGAAAGUGCAAAAAGGUUAAAUGAAUGCGGUGACAAUCAAAAAAAGGAAAAGAAACGAUUUGAUUAUCAAAAAAGGACCGUAUUGCAUGCGACUUCAAAAAAAUUUAAAUGUUAUUUAUGCAAUGAAACAACUCAUGCUAUAUAUCAUUGCAAAAAAUUUUUAGACCUAACAAUAAAAGAGCGUCAUCAAAAGGUUACUCAAUUAAGCAUUUGUAAUGUAUGUUUGGCUCAUCAUUCAGAAAACCAAUUAUGUAAAUUUUCAGGCUGUAGGAAAUGUGGAGAAGCACAUAAUACAUUACUUCACAUACCCGAAGAGCAAAGUGAUGAACAAAUCAUAAGUACACAUGUGACGUGUGCAGAACAAAAACAAGUUUUGUUAUCAACAGCAAUAAUAAAAAUUAAAAGCCAUUUUAAUGAAACAUUCAUUGUAAGAGCACUGCUCGAUUCAGGCUCUCAAACUAAUUUUAUAACCACUGAGUUAGCGCAAAGAUUAAAAUCGCCACGAAAAAGAGUAAAUAUUAGUAUAUCUGGUGUAGAUAAUUCUAAAGGUAAAUCAUUUUACUCUAUAACAACAUUAAUUCAGUCACAAAAUAGUAAUUACAGUAGCCAACUCGAUUUUUUAACGUUAUCAAAAAUAACUUCAUUUUUACCAAACGAAACAAUAAACACAACUGGUAUAAACAUACCUAAUAACGUUAAAUUAGCUGACCCACAUUACGACGUACCUGGCAAAAUAGAUGUACUACUCGGUGCUGAAUGUUUCUAUAGUAUACUAAAGGCCGGUAAACAUAAGGUAGAUGCAACUGAAAUAAUUUUCCAAGAAACAGAACUAGGCUGGAUAGUUGCAGGAUCUGUGUCCAGUUUAGCACAAACAACUACAAAAACAUUUUUCAAUUCGAUUGUAAUUGAUAACCAAGUAAAUUUAAAUGAUUUGAUGUCAAAAUUUUGGCAAGUAGAAGAAAUGGGUUCAAACAAAAAACUCAGCAUUGAAGAAAGGUCUUGUGUCGAACAUUUUGAACAAACAGUAAAACGUGAACCUACGGGAAAAUUUAUUGUUGAACUCCCACUGAAAAACAACGUUGAAUUACUUGGUGAUUCAAAGGCAAUGGCGCGGCGACGUUUUCUAGCUACAGAAAAUAAUUUACGAAAAAAUAAUGAUCUUCGUGUAAAGUACGUUGAAUUUAUGGAUGAAUACUUAAAAUUGAAUCAUAUGGAAGAAUCGCAAUCAACAAACGAAAUAUCAUACUAUAUGCCACACCAUGCUGUUUUACGCAACCACAGUGCAACAACACAAACCCGUGUUGUAUUCGACGCAUCUGCACAGUCCACUUCAGGAACAAGCUUGAAUCAAAUACUUAUGAAAGGGCCGGUAAUUCAAGAUGAACUUAUAUGUAUUUUAGCACGCUUUCGGGUACACAAGAUAGUUUUGCAAAAAAUAUUUUGGCGAUCUCAACCACACGAAGAAUUAAAAGAAUAUUGUCUGUCAACAGUUACAUAUGGAAGCACAAGUGUUCCAUACAUCGCUACGGCGUGUCUCAAAAAAUUGGCAGAUGAGAAUUGCACUAAAUAUCCGUCGGCAAGCAAAGCAAUUUCGACAGAUUUUUAUGUUGACGAUUAUUUGGGCGGCGCAAACACUAUUGAAGAAGCCAUAACACUGAGAGAUCAAAUAAUAAAAAUUACCGAUAGCGCUGGGUUUACAUUAAGAAAAUGGAUAUCAAAUGAACCGUCAUUGUUGUCAACUAUAAAGAACAUAAGUAAUGACCCACAUUAUGUUAUGAAUAUUGACGGCAGCGCAAUAAAAACGUUGGGCUUAUUGUGGAGUCCAUGGGAUGAUUAUUAUCAAUACAAAUAUAAUGACAUCGAAUCAAGUAAACAAUCGAGUUCUAAACGUACAAUAUUAUCUACUAUAGCAACAAUAUUUGACCCGCUCGGACUAAUAGGACCGGUUGUAGUAUCAGCGAAAAAGAUAAUGCAACAGCUAUGGCAACUGAAAACGGAUUGGGACGACGAGCUGCCCGCACACAUUAGUCGGGAAUGGGAAGCGUAUCGUAACGAACUAGUAGAUAUCGAAAAAAUAAAAAUACCGCGAAGAAUAAUUGGUUGUAACAAUGUGUGCGACAUGCAAAUUCACGCUUUUGCGGACGCGUCGAUCAGUGCAUACGGUUCGUGUAUUUAUUUAAUGGCAAAAGACGCAGACGGGUCGCGUAUAGUUCGACUUAUUGCGUCAAAAUCGCGAGUCGCUCCAUUAAAAGUUAUUUCACUCGCGCGACUGGAACUGUGUGCCGCCGUAUUAUCAGUGCGUCUCGUCAAUAAAUUAAUUCCAAAACUUAAUUGUUGUACAAGUAAAAUAUGGUAUUGGUCAGACUCACAAAUCGUUCUUGCAUGGAUAAAUUCACCAUCCUCUCGAUGGAAAACGUUUGUUUCUCACCGCGUCGGAGAAAUACAUAACACUUCUACGGCUGCGCAAUGGAAGCACGUACGUUCAAGGGAUAAUCCGGCAGAUAUCAUAUCCCGAGGAUGCAGUCCAAAAGCACUAAUAGAAAAUAAAUUAUGGUGGACAGGUCCAAGGUGGCUAACUCAUGACGAAUCAAAUUGGCCUAAUAACAAUUGUCAAAAAAUUAUAGUAGUAAAAGAUGAUUUAGAAGAAAAACAAUUCGUAGUCACAUUAACAAAAAUUGAAAAGUUUGAUAUCACGGAACGGUUUUCAUCAUUAACUAAAUUACUCAACAUAACAGCGUAUAUUCUAAGAUGGAGAAAAAUUGUAAGAGUUAAGCGGUCGUCAAAUUCAAAAUGUAUUUACACUAUUUACAUCGACCCAGAAGAAACUAUUCGGGCUAGACAAAAAUUAUUGUUAGUCGUGCAAUCUCAAUAUUUUUCUGAAGAAUUACAAUGUUUACAUAAAGGAGAGUCAAUAAAAAAGAAGAGUAAAUUGUUUUUUCUUAGCCCUUUCGUCGACAAUAAUGGUUUAAUUCGUGUUGGUGGCCGGUUAAAUAAUUCAGCGUCCAUUAGUAACGAUAGAAAAAAUCCAAUUUUACUACCAUCAAAAUCAGCUUUCACUAUGCUACUAUUCAAGUAUGAACAUAUUCGAUUGCUGCAUUCUGGGCCACAGGCUUUAUUAGCGGCUGUUCGUGAACAAUAUUGGCCCAUCAAUGGACGAAAUAUAGCAAGAUAUACUGUGCAUAAAUGCAUACCUUGUUUCAAAUCUAAACCAAUGGUAUUUCAACCGAUUAUGGGCAACUUACCGAGCACGCGAGUUACAAGUUUCGACAAAGCAUUUUAUGCAACGGGCGUGGAUUUUUGUGGGCCUAUCUAUAUUAAAAAUAGUUUAAGACGAAACUCUACUAAAAUAAAGGCAUAUGUAUGUAUUUUCGUGUGCUUUUCUUGUAAGGCCGUUCAUAUUGAACUAGUAGGUGACUUAACAACAAAUGCGUUUUUAAGCGCACUGAAACGAAUGUGGAGUCGUCGAGAAUGGCGAUUCAUCCCAGCCCGUUCACCACACUUUGGCGGUUUAUGGGAGUCGGCAGUUAAAUCAGUAAAAACACAUUUAACGAGAACAUUGGGUGAAGCAUCACUUACUUAUGAAGAGUUAAACACAGUGUUAGUUCGCAUCGAAGCGUGUUUAAAUUCUCGACCCUUGAUACCAUUAUCUACGGAUCCUUCAGAUCUCAGUGCACUAACUCCAGCUCACUUUCUCAUCGGUCGAUCAUUAAUUGAUAUCCCAGAUCCAGACGUUAUGAACAUCACACCUGGGCGAUUAAAGCGAUGGCAAAGAGUCACACAAUUGGUACAACAGGUUUGGGAACGUUGGCGAACUGAAUACUUGUCAACAUUGCAAUCAAAAUCUAAGUGGCAUACCUCAGCCGGUCUCACACCUGCUGUUGGCGCACUUGUAUUAAUAAAAGAAACCAAUCUACCACCAUUGGAAUGGAGACUCGGACGAAUUACUGAAUUGUUUCCAGGCAUAGAUAAUAUAGCCAGAGUAGCAACUGUUAUGACAAGUCAUGGUGUUGUCAAAAGAGCAUGUCGAUUAUUAUGUCCACUCCCAAUUGAAGAUCAAGAAGAAUAA